AUGAGCUCCCAGCAGCAGCAGCCGGGAGAGGCGGAGAAGAACAUUGAGAUCUGGAAGGUCAAGAAGCUGAUCAAGCGUCUUGAAUCCGCUCGUGGCAAUGGAACUUCCAUGAUCUCCCUCAUUAUCCCUCCCAAGUCUCAGAUCUCCCAAGCGGCGCGCAUGUUGGCCGAAGAAUACGGUACUGCCUCCAACAUCAAGUCCCGCGUUAACCGUCUCUCCGUCCUGUCGGCCAUUACCUCCACCCAGCAGCGUCUCAAGCUGUACAACAAGGUUCCCCCCAAUGGACUGGUCGUGUACUGUGGUGAAAUUAUCACCUCCGAAGGAAAGGAGCGAAAGAUUAACAUCGACUUCGAGCCCUUCAAGCCCAUCAACACGUCUCUCUACCUUUGUGACAACAAGUUCCACACCGAGGCUCUGAGUGAGUUGCUUGAGUCCGACCAGAAGUUCGGUUUCAUUAUUAUGGAUGGUAACGGUGCCCUGUUCGGUACUCUGAGUGGAAACACCCGUGAGAUCCUCCAGCGUCUGCAAGUCGAUCUUCCCAAGAAGCACGGCCGUGGUGGUCAAUCCGCUCUGCGUUUCGCCCGUCUUCGUGAGGAAAAGCGACACAACUACGUCCGCAAGAUCGCCGAAUUGGCUGUUCAGAACUAUAUCACCAACGACAAGGUUAACGUCGCCGGUUUGGUCUUGGCUGGUUCUGCCGAUUUCAAGAACGACCUGAACCAGUCCGACAUGUUCGACCAGCGUCUGCAGGCCAAGGUCAUCAAGGUUGUUGACGUGUCUUACGGUGGUGAGAACGGUUUCAACCAGGCCAUUGAACUGGCUGCCGAGACUCUGAGCAGCGUCAAGUUCAUCCAGGAGAAGAAGCUUAUCGGCAACUACUUUGAGCAGAUCAGUCAGGAUACUGGCAAGGUCUGCUACGGUGUUGAGGAUACUCUCAAGGCCAUGGAGCUUGGUGCCGCUGAGAUUCUGAUCGUGUAUGAGAACUUGGAGAUCACUCGCUGGGUCUUGAAGAACUCCGCUGGUGAGGAGGUUAUUCUCCACACUACCAAGGCCCAAGAAGACAAUCGGGAACUCUUCCAAGAUAAGGAGACUGGUCUCGAGAUGGAGACGGUCGACAGCGGCACCUUCCUCGAGUGGCUGGCCGAGAGCUACAAGGACUUCGGUGCCAACCUGGAGUUCGUCUCGGACCGAUCCAGUGAGGGUAACCAGUUCGUCAAGGGCUUUGGUGGUAUCGGUGCCAUUCUCCGAUACAAGGUCAACUUUGAACAGCUUGCUGAUUAUAGCGAUGACGACGAAUUCUACGACGAUUGA